AUGCAUGCCAUUCUUGAAAGCUGUCAUUCUUCGUCUUAUGCUGGCCAUCAUAGCAGUGACAGAACAUUAGCUAAGGUACUUCAGUCGGGUUUCUCUUUGCCGACAUUGUUUAAAGAUGCUCAUGCUUUCGCGAGAGAGUGUGAGAAUUGUUAUAGAACUGAGAACAUCUUAAAGCAUCAUGAAAUGCCGUUGAAUAGUAUCUUGGAGAUUGAGGUGUUUGAUUGCUGGGGUAUUAAUUUCAUGGGGCCCUACAUUUCGUCAAAGGAAAACAAGUAUAUCCUUGUUGCGGUUGAUUACGUGUCAAAGUGGGUUGAAGCCAUUCCACUCCCAACCGAUAAUGCAAAUGUAGUGACUGGAUUCUUGAAAAAGAAUAUCUUUACACGUUUCGGGACCCUAAGGGUCAUCAUCAGUGAUCAAGGUACGCACUUUUGUAAUAGGUUAUUUGAAAAAUUGUUAGCUAAGUAUGCGGUGAAACACAAGGUGGUGACUGCAUAUCUCCCUCAGACCAGUGGCCAAGUUGAGGUGUCCAAUUAUGAGAUCAAGCAUAUUCUUGAGAAGAUGAUGAGCGUCAAUAGAAAAUAUUGGUCACUUAAGCUUGAUGACGCUCUUUGGGCGUACAUGAUUACUUUCAAAACUCCUAUUGGAACCUCUCCAUAUAGGUUAGUUUUUGGUAAAGCACAUCCUCUUCCCUUCGAGCCUGAACAUAGAGCAUACUGGGCGAUAAAGAAGCUGAACUUGGAUAUGGAAGUAGCAGGUGAGAAGUGGUUGUUACAGCUGCACGAGCUUGACGAGUUUCAUUUUCAUGCAUAUGAGAAUGCAAAAAUCUACAAGGAGCGGACUAAAAGAAUACAUGACAAGCACAUUCAACACCGCAAGUUUAAGCCUGGGCAGUUAGCCUUGUUGUAUAAUUCAAGGCUCAAGGUGUUUGGUGGAAAGUCAAAAAGUAAAUGGUCCAGGCCGUUUGACAAAGUGCGUGUAACAACACAUGGAGCGGUUGAGUUGAAGCCGCUGGAUUCUAACAAAACUUUCUUGGUGAAUGGGCAGUAA